UAUGGCUUAUAGUGUCCAUAUUUUUUGUCUUGUCUACUUUGUCUUGUGGGUGUACAGUUAGUGGUUAUGUGUAAUAAAGUCCUCAUACACUUACUACUUGAGCUCAACACUAUCAGUAGCUAUACUGUAUCUUUGAUGUAUGGUCAAUGGACUGAUUAGAUUGAUUAAAAUGGUCUGAAACAAGGAUAUUGUUCAACAAUACACUUUUCAUGAUAGAUGCUGAGUACAAGAAACAUUCUUGUACAUGUGUGUAGUUGUGUAUCUUCUAUUGGAUAAUCUGAAUUAGAAACUUGUGUUGUGGGAAAUGAAUCAACAAAAUGCAUGUGGACAUGUAUGUCAAACCUCUCUUACAUGUUGACAUUACUCUAGGGGAUUAUAGUUACACAGGAAUUUUAUUCUCUCAACAUUGAUGUGUUCAUUAACUUUGAAAAUGUCUUGAGUUUUGUUGCAACUGAAAAUAAAAUGUUUGAAUAUAAUCUAGAAUAAUUGGCUUGAACAGCUGGAAGUAUUCUGAGGGCGGAGGACAUGAUGCGUGGUUAUAUUUAUAAGGAACAGAGGCUGUUAUUCCUGGUCGUAUCCAAGCCAACUUAUGUUUGUGGAAAGUUGUUCUUCUAACUACUGAAAUGUUUAUCCAGAGGGGAUUUUUGUUUACCUGCGAUAAUUAAAUUGUUUAUAAUUGAAGUUAAUAAUAACCUUACGUAAACUGACAUGUCUAACCUAGGAUGAAGGAAGUCAGUGAUGUAUUCAUUCCCUGCUAACAAACAGUGUGAUCAUACUCAAGCAAGGUCAGAAAAAAGCAGACAGAGCAAUGAUAAAGCACAAAAUCCAGAAGAAUCCUUAACAAUUAUGAAGCGUGGCCAGCGUUGGAGGUGCUUGGUCCCGUUAACGUUUUUCUUUGGUAUAUUAUUCUAUUGUAAUCAGUCAUUAUGGGAAACAUUGAGUAUAGGAGCUAAGCCUAUCAAUAAUGUAAUUGCUGGAAGUGGAUUCCGGAAGUUAUUGGAAGAAAAUGGAAAAAUAAUAGACAAAUCACAUCCAAUCGGAGCAAUAAAACAGUUUCCAAAAUGUGUGAUUAUUGGAGUGAGGAAAUGUGGAACCCGAGCUCUUUUGGAAUUCUUGGAUCUUCAUAGCGGCAUUCAGUCAACGUAUCAUGAAGUUCAUUUCUUUGAUGAUGACAAAAAUUAUAAUCAAGGAUUAGAAUGGUACCGUAAAAAUAUGCCUUAUUCGUUGCCAGGCCAAAUAACUAUUGAAAAAACACCACGUUAUUUUAUAUCACAUGGUGUACCAUAUAGGAUUAAACGACUUAAUAGUGAUAUGAAAAUAAUUGUUUCAUUGCGUCAUCCAACUAUACGCGUAAUAUCAGACUACACUCAAAUAUAUUAUAAUAAGUUAAUGAAGAAUGAAACACCAGAUAGAUUCGAAACUAUGGCACUGGAUCCAGACACUGGUGAAUUAAACAUGAGAUAUAAAGCUUUACAAAUCAGCAUAUAUCAUCAUAACUUUGCUCGGUGGCUAAAGAUAUUCCCAAAGAAUCAAAUUCAUAUUGUGGAUGGUGACAAUCUAAUCAUUGAUCCAGUAUCAGAGAUACGAAAAAUAGAGAAAUUCCUUGGAUUAGCACAUGAAAUAACAUAUGACAAACUGUAUUUUAAUACAACACGUGGAUUUUAUUGUAUGCGUGUGAAUUCCACAAUGGAAAGAUGUUUAGGUGCCAGUAAAGGCAGGCGCCAUCCUGACAUUGAUCCAAAUCUCAUAACAAAAUUCAACAAAUUUUUCCGACCUCACAACGAACGACUUUUUAAAAUGAUUAACAGACGAUUCCCUUGGUCUUGACCUGGGUUCAUGUAUUAAACAUAAAACUAGAAAGGUGUGUGUCAUAGUGCAAUCAUACAUAUUCUAUGUCUGGAAUUAAUGUUAUUCGCAAUGAUAUAUAUCUAUUCCAUAUUUUUGACAUUUAGUCUUGGAUGUUUGAAUAUAUGUAUAAUAUUUGGAGUGUGUACCUUAACAUGCUGUGGCAUAAUUCAAAUAACUAUCUAUUUAUGCAUUAUUCAUUAUAGAACAAUCUUACAAAAAUGGUUUUGUGGGGAAAUCUUGUAUAAUGUUAGGGUGCCCCACCAUAUAUAAAUAUCUCCAAAUAUCUCAACAAUUACACCACAAUAUUUUUAUUUAUAUACCAAGCCUUAAAUCAGUUUCGCACAUUUAUAGUCACUAAAUAAACGGUCAUGUUGUACUUAAUAAGCUAUGACCAUUUAACCAUCCAUAAAUAAUAGACUGAAAAAUGGUUACAAGUGUCGGCCAUAACAUCCAGGCACUUCUGAGUAAAAAAUAGGCUACAUGCUCUUGUUUUGAAAUUAGUCUCGCUUGACCAGUCUACCGACCAUUCUAUGUCUGAUUGACAGGCCGGGAUAAUCAAGACUACUUUUUUUACGAAACAUAACAGAAUUUAGAAACAUGCACGUUAGGCAACUCAACAAUUGUUUUAAGAACCUUGUAAAAUUAAAACUACUGCUAGUAUCAUAUUCUUGCCUAACACGAGUGUUUCAGAGAUAUUAUUUGUACUUAACCAAAAGAUGCCUCUCCUAAUGGUAUAGUUAAUGAUAAAGCAAUUUAAAAAAUAAAACGAACAUAAUUUCUAAAGCUGCUGUAAUAACCAAAAAGCUAAAUAUUACUGCUGUAACAUUUGAAAGAUGUGUAGAGAAUUUCAUGUGCGAUGGCUAUCUAUAGACUCAUAGACUCCAGCGCUGAGUGUAAAUCGCACUGCGUGAUUAGCCAGGAAUCACUUUGAGACGAGCCACUGAAGUGUGCACAUUUGUUGUGUUGAGUUAAACUUUCUGUAGGGAAAAUUUUCGCUGCAGGGGGCACCCUAAAAAUGUGUCAAGUAAGGAAUGUUAUUAUAAAGUGCUAUGGAUAAAUAAUUAUUAUUACAAUAAUUUCAAGAGUUUAUCCCUUCUUAUACAUAUUUAUACAAUUUGUUAUGAUACACGUAUAUAGAUCAAAACUCUGGAAAAUUUGAAUGUCUCUAAGCCGCCUACAUGCAUAAUCUCAGAAGAUAAAGAUAAAAGAAUCAAGUUGCUUUAGAGAACUUAAAAAGAAAAUAUAGAUAACAUAAUACAUUUGAUAGUCCCUAAUUCUGUGUAACAUCUUUGAAGAACAUCUUAAGUUGCAUUUAAGUUUGUGUUCAACUUUGUAUAUUAUUUAUAUAUCAGGGAUGUAUAGUUUUCAUAUUUUUGCAUCCAUAAGAUACUUUUCCAGCUCAUUUGUUUGCUAAACAUUUACGGUGAUUUAUUUUAAUAUAAGUUCUAUGAUUACCAGAAGGGCCUACAGUAUUUUUGGUAUUCAUGUAAAAGUUAGGGUUUUGUCGACACCUUUCUGCAAAUUUUUUAUAGACACUCUCUUUAGUCAGGUGUGCACUUAUCACUUUUAAAAGCAGCUUGUUUCGCUCUUGUUCCACUCAGAGUUAUAUGAUUAUGUUAUAGGUCAUUACUAUUGGGACUGUUAUGGUCUGACCUCCUUGACUUUAAAUUAUUUCAAAUUAUGCAUUAUAUUUUGACAUUGACAUCAAAUAUGUCUAAACAAAACUAAAUUUUUAAUAAAGAAAUUGAUGUUGCUUUCCAUUAUGUAAAGUCUAGGGCCCCCUCCUGGUAAAUACUGGGUCCCAUGGGUUCUAAUAGGUUUAUUUGGCCAAAGACCAGCCUUAGGUGCACAUGGGCAUAUUUUGGUGAUUGUGGUAAACUACUAUUUUUACUAUCAGGGCUUUCUGUUGUGAAUAACCAUCUUCCCGCACACCAUUUUUAUGAGUACAACCGGCUGUUGUAGUAUAAACAUCUAUCGUAAAUGGAACAAUCAAAAUAACUCCCAAGCAGGUGAUAUCUCAAGUGAUGGUGUCUGAGAACUAAAGAAAUAACAGAUUAUUCAGUAUUUAUAAUUUGGAUAAUAAAAUUUCAUAUCAUAAUAAAUUUAUAAGCAUAAUAAUAUAUCCUAAUAUUAGUCGAAACAUACCAUGUUUUUUUCUUAAAUGAAUUACUAAAUAGGUCCCGGUUUUAUUAUGGAAAAUAAUUAUAUAAUUAUGAUUAAUGUUACCAAUAAUGGGGUUUAAUGCAUAAUUUAUCAAUGAUAUUAGGAAAUACAGAAAAGUCAAGAUGUAUCAUGAUAAAUUAUCUCAAAUAAGUGCAAUCUGAAAUAUUCAUAUUCUUAUAAUUUAGUUAGCGAUAUGAUUAAUAUUUAUUAUGAUUGUAUGUUUUAUAUUGUCAGUUAUAUUGAUUGAUUUAUAAACUAUUUAAUUCCUGGCUGUUUACUUAUAAAAAUUAAGCUAAUGACUAUAAAUUUAUAGUUCUAAUCAAAAGAAGGUUAACCUCUAAGCUCAUAUAUUCAGAUACAGAGAUCAAGACUUUGAAAUUGUAAAUCUGGCAAUGCCUGGUUCACCCAUUGAGACAAUAUUGAACACCAUUUUAAAAGUCUAUUAUUCCAGCAAUGAAUUUAAUUUAUUUCUUCUUUUUUUUCACACAUUCUGUGUGUUAAUAGAAAAAAAGAACUACAGAAACAAAAAUUUAUUUACAGUAGAAAAUUAUGAUUGAUUGUCAAACUAAUAUAAGGGGGGAUAACUCUAGAAAGAUGCUUGACUACAGUCAAAUUAUUUUGUAUAAAAACAUUUCUGUAAGUACAUGUAUAAUUGUUAUGUCAAUAAAAUUAAGUAAUUGUUAUAAACAAAAUCUCUUGUAUAUAAUGAUAAUCAAUUAAAUUGUAGAUUUUUCUUAAUGAAUUUGGAAAAAAUCUCAUAAUAAUAUAAAAUACUUAUUUAAUGGUAAUUGCUUGAUGCAACUUCAAAUUACCUAAAUUGCAUUUCUGUUUGUUAUUGUUUUCCAUAUGUUAAAUAGUCAUUUCUGCUGACAUGAUAUAUAAUGUAAAAUGCUUUUUUAAAAUUUGAACAAAUGAUAUAGAAUGAUGUAUCCUUAUUUUGUAGAUCAUUUAGAUGGUAGGCCCUACUACUACAUGUCACUUACUUCCUAUUUUCUUACCUCUUGGCUCCUAAAUGUAUAAAAUACAUGUAAACUUACUUUUCAAAAAUUAUGGGAAAAACAUACGUGUACAUGUGUAGUGUUUAAUCAUCUCACAUAUAUCAAAGUCUGUAUUAGAAUUUGGGACCAUUUACACAAAUAGUGGUUAGUAAUCUACCACAGUACACCGUAGGUUCUUGGCAAUAUAUUAAACCCGUGUAACUUCCUUUUUGAUAUUAUGCAGGUGGUAUUUAAGAUUUGGUAACAUUAAAAAACACAAUUUAAAUGUCUUAUUAAACUUUCAGAGUCGGUGUCUAAGUAUUUAAUUACCCGUACAAAGAAUUAGUCUUUGUAGAGACUGUCAGUGCUAAAGUGUGUAUUUUAUUAUGUAUGAAUACUAUGAAUCAUGAUGUUGAUUUUAAGUUUAGAAUGAUGAUAAAGGUUAUUAUGAAAUGUACAUGUAUAGGGUAUCAUUUUUGAAGAGCUUAUCGUUAGAUACCAUAUAUGUGUUUCGUACAAGUAAUUUGAAGAAGGCAAACAAACAAAAACUAUACCAAAUUGCAUUUAAAAAUUAUUUGUUUGUUACAAUAUUUAUCUUCUUGUGUUUACAGCUAUUUUGUUCUCUUUUUUUUUCUCUCCUCUGUUACAUAAUUUGUACAUAGUCCCAUUUCAUUCAAAAUGUAUAUUACAUACAUUUAAGCAAUAUUUUGUAAAAUGAUAAAUUUAAUCUUAAUAAGGUUAGAUUGAAACAAUUUGUUUUCUUUUGAAAAACUUGUAAAACUACAUCUAGUCAUAAAUGGACCUUUCUUGGUUAUGUUUUCAUUUUUCGAAAACUCAGAUGAAAUAAAACAUAUAAAAAUCA